GUUUUUGCUCAGCUCGUUUGGCUUUCAUCCAGGAAUGCCGUCUCACUACAUCAAAGCCUUCUUGGCUUGCUCUGACCGCAAACGGACCAUGGCUUUGUAGCCGUUGGCCCUACCCCUCACCAGGAAGAAGUGGGCCAUCCAAACCACCAGUCGGUACUUUGAUCCAGCGAGCACUUUGAUCCAGCGAGCGCCGCUUCGUCGUUUGAAGCUCCACUUCUUCGUGGGUCCGUGCGGGUCUCGCAGCGCCUUCUUCGCUUUCAUGGCGCAGCCAUGUCCACAGGUGCUUUGCCAGCUGGAGCGAUUGGGCCUGAGCCCAGGCCACUCGAGACCCCAAUACAGCACAGGAGUGCUAAGAGGAGAAAAGUGGAAGCAGCAGAAGGGGCCGGCCCAGCGCCGAACACGAGCGCUGCUCAAGGAGCAUCUGUGGAGAAGCCUCCAAAUGGAAUUACUGGCACAUGGCAGGUCCAGGUGCAACGUCCAGCCGUUUGCUUCGAGUCCUUCCGCGAGACCCCUUUUGCGAGAACCCCUUCGACCGCGCCACCAGUACCAGCUGACGCAGUCAGACCGAGAAGAAGUCCAGGGCUAUGCCUGCCAUGGAAAUUCACACCGCUCAGCAGUUGUCGGCCAUGUGCAGGGCUAUGUGCUGACCUGGACAGAGGAUGGCCAUGGGAAGUUCCGGGCCAACUUGGCGGCCGACGGGCAAACGUUCACGGGGACUGCGCAGCUGGAUGCCACCUUUAGUUUGGAGUUCAAGGCCCACCGGGGCGAGAUCCCGGAGGCAUCCCAGGAGUUCAUUGUGGUCGUUUGUGAGGAGGAGUCGGUGAAGUGUCCCAAAUCCUUGAUUCAGGAACACCUUCCCAGCCUCUUGGAACAUGCUGUCCAUGCCAAUCGCCCGAUCUCCUCUGAGAAGAUUUUGCAGAACUGUCCCUUGGAGCCAGCUGCCCAGCGCAGGCUUUUGGUGCUUCUUCGGGCUCUAAGUCAUCCGCAGGAGGUGAUCAAUCCACAGAACGCUGUUUCUGUUCUGAGCCUCGCUGAUUGGCUCAAAUGCAGCAAUUCCAUGCUAAAGGCACUGGCCAGCGUGUUGCCUGCAUCACAGGUGCCCGAGGCGCUCAAGGCAGCUGGAAGCGAGGAGAAUCCAACACCAAAGAGUGUUGAGUGGGUUCUCCAGCAAGGCCUUUUGAUCUGCGAUACCGGGGCCAUCGAGGCCUUGGCACGUGAGAAGGAUCGCUUUGGAUCGCUUUGCCAGCCAUCCGUUUUGCAGUGCUUGCGCACCUUGGUCCAGGAGGAUCCAGAUGGAUUGAGGCUAAGCCGGGCCGCUUUUGCGGCCAUCACCUUGGGCUUGCCUUCGAAGGAGGUCCAUGCCGUGCUACCUUCACGCUUGCGUUUUGGCCCUGGAGCAAAAAACCUUUUCUUGGACUUGCACAAGCGAGGCAUUGGGCCAGAAGGUGCUGCUAGGCUGGAAUUCCCCUGCCUGGGGCUCCAGGAGUUGGACUUGGACUUGACCCGUUGCAACAUCCGUGCAGUGGGAGCUGCAGCCCUCCGUUUCCCCCCUGGUUUGCAGAGGUUGCGGCUGAUUUUGCACAAGUGCGACAUCGGGCCAGAAGGGGCCAAAGCCUUGUCUUUGCCUGGCUCCCUGGAACACUUGGAGCUAGAUCUCUCGCACUGCCUCAUUGGACCAGUGGGGGCUGCCACUCUGCAGCUGCCGCGGGCCUUACGUGAACUGGAUCUCGUCCUCCUUCGCUGUGGCAUUGGUGCCAGGGGUGCCAAGGCAUUGAUUUUGCCUGAGACUCUUCAGAGACUCCGCUUGGACUUGGCCAAGUGUGAAGUAGGUCCUGAAGGACUUCGAGGCCUUAGGCUGCCUCCUCGCAUCAGCUCCUUGCAGCUGGAUCUGACCAUGACAGCUCUGGGGCUUGACAGCCUCAAGGCCUUUCUUCUUACCUUACCAAAGUCGUUGCAGGUACUGGAGAUGAAUCUCACUGGCUGCAAGGUGCCAGUGGCACAGAUUUCGAACCUGGAGCAGGUGGCCAGACAACGACUCAGCAAUCUCACCAGCGUGAGCUUUCUUGCAUGAUGUCACAGCGAUGUCAUGCUUGCGGAAAAAUCAUCCACAG